UUCGACGGCAGACUCGCGCGCGUACGGUUCGAACGGAAAAAGCGACGGGUCCGGAAAACUUCUGGAACUCCUCGGUUCUCGGUUCUCAGUUCUCAGUUCUCGUUUCGUAGCGCCGGUGGAGAAGUGUUCGAAAAAGUAAUGCUGGAAAAUCAGCUUAGACCUGGCAAAAAUGCCGCCGGCACUUUCGAUCCCCAUCGUAAUUGAAUUCGAGCCAGCGGAUUGAAAAUCAAAUUGAAUUUCACAGCAAAAACACAAAAACGAUAAACUAGUCGUUAAAUUGAAUAUACAAAUUGGUGUUUUGAUUAAAACUAAUAAACAUAAACACUGAAACCGCCGAGCAGAGAAGCGGAUUUUAUUUUUAAAUAAAAUUUCUUUGUUUUUCGCUGUCUACAAUUGGCUGACAUUGCUCAUACGCCCCGUUGGCCCAGUGAAAAGUGAAAAGGGGGAAUUUAGCAUAGUUCCUGGUCGGAGGAGUUGGCAAAUGGAAAGCAAAUAGGGAAAAGGCAAGGGAUACGCAACAUUAACUCGCAAAUCCCCCUUGCAGGGAUAAGACCGAAGUGAAAGUACGAUUCCAAAGGUCGCCAGCCAUGGAGAAUCGCAGUGACUUCGAGGCGGAUGAUUACCCCGACCUCAGCUGGAGCAACUGGAGCAACUGGAGCACCCCCGCGGCCGUCCUCUACUCGGCCAUGAGCAGUGUCCUGGCGGCCACCAACCAGACGCCCCUUCCCGAUUUUGGCCAGGACCUCGGCCAGUCCACCAGCUCCUUCAAUCACAGCCAAUCACUAUCCACCGACCUGCCCGCCACCCUCGACGCGGAGGACGCGGCCAAGGAUGCGGCGGCGUCCAUGGAGACGGGCUCGUUUGCAUUUGUGGUCCCGUGGUGGCGUCAGGUGCUCUGGAGCAUCCUCUUCGGCGGCAUGGUCAUUGUGGCGACGGGCGGUAACCUGAUUGUUGUCUGGAUCGUGAUGACGACCAAGCGGAUGCGGACGGUAACCAACUAUUUCAUAGUGAAUCUCUCCAUCGCGGAUGCCAUGGUGUCCAGUCUGAAUGUGACCUUCAACUACUACUAUAUGCUGGACAGCGAUUGGCCCUUCGGCGAGUUCUACUGCAAAUUGUCCCAGUUCAUCGCCAUGCUGAGCAUCUGUGCCUCCGUGUUCACUUUAAUGGCCAUCUCCAUCGACAGAUACGUGGCCAUCAUAAGGCCGCUGCAGCCGCGGAUGAGCAAGCGAUGCAAUCUGGCCAUUGCCGCGGUCAUCUGGUUCGCCUCCACCCUCAUCUCCUGCCCCAUGAUGAUCAUCUACCGGACGGAGGAGGUGCCCGUCCAGGGGGACGGCAACCGGACCGUCUGCUAUCCGGAGUGGCCCGACGGGGAUACCAAUCACUCGCGGCUGGAGACCCUCUACAACAUCCUCAUCAUCAUUCUAACCUACUUCCUGCCCAUCGUGUCGAUGACGGUCACCUACUCGCGUGUGGGCAUCGAGCUCUGGGGAUCCAAGACCAUUGGCGAGUGCACGCCCCGUCAGGUGGAGAAUGUGCGGAGUAAACGGAGGGUGGUGAAGAUGAUGAUUGUGGUCGUCCUGAUAUUCGCCAUCUGCUGGCUGCCGUUCCACAGCUACUUCAUCAUCACAUCCUGCUACCCGGCCAUCACAGAGGCGCCCUUCAUCCAGGAACUCUACCUGGCCAUCUACUGGCUGGCCAUGAGCAACUCCAUGUACAAUCCCAUUAUAUACUGCUGGAUGAAUUCGCGUUUUCGAUAUGGUUUCAAGAUGGUUUUCCGCUGGUGUUUGUUUGUGCGCGUAGGCACGGAACCCUUCAGUCGGCGGGAGAACCUGACAUCCCGGUACUCCUGCUCGGGUUCCCCGGAUCACAAUCGCAUCAAGCGCAAUGAUACCCAGAAAUCGAUACUUUAUACCUGCCCCAGCUCACCGAAAUCGCAUCGAAUUUCGCACAGCGGAGCUCCACGCAGUGCGACGCUGAGGAAUAGUCUGCCGGCGGAGUCCCAGUCAACCGGUGGCCACAGGAAGAGGAUGUCCUACCAGCAGGAGCUGCAGCAACGGUGGUCAGGAGCUCCGAUUGGUGGCCAGAACACCAACUCCAGCAGUACGGCCAACACCACCCAGCUGCUCUCCUGACAGCCGGCCAUCCAGGUGGUUCCUCCGCCGGAGAGGGAGGGCCGCGAGAACCUGGAGCUGCAGACCCAGAUCGUCUGCUCCUCGCCCUACAACAACAACUACCGGCGGGCCAAUCCCGGCAUCUCCGACCGGGAUUCGUCCGAUGACAAAACCUGGCUCUAAGCUACUUAUAAGGUCUCGAAUUUAUACAUUUACAAAAGGUCUUUUGGAUUGUUGGGAGAUUAUUGGUUGCCCGCCUAGUUCAAAUUUCAAUUCGCUCUUGAAGAAACCAAAGCUAAGUUAGGAUACCAACCUUGCCCUUCGAACAUAUCAGAUAUAGCUCGGUGCCCACUAAUUUGGGUAUUUUCAAUCAUAAAUAGCCAUCUGUAUAUCUGAAACCCAAUACGUUGUUGAAUUCCAGUGGGAAAGGUUGUUCGGCGGCAAGGAAAGACUAAAUAUAAUACGAUUUCCCAUGUCCAUGGGCCUCAUUAAGAUACUAUGUACUACUGAUCCAUUUGAGUCACUGUAAAUAUUCGGAUUGGUUCCUAAAAGAAACUGUUUUUAAAUCUUAAUUCUCAACGCUUACGGCUGCUUGCUUAAGUUGUAACAAAUAAAACGCGAAACAAAUAAACAAAUGACUAUGAAUGUGAAUGUUCGUGUAAAUAUAAAUGUCUGAAUAUAAACGUUAUUGCGAAUAAAGCGACUUGCUC